GCCUGCCACUAUAGUACUGAUGCAGGAGCACGAGGAGCCUCAGCCUGAGUGGCCGUGAGAGACGACGCCGAUGCAUGAUGAGCUAGGGUAUGACGGGCAGAGGGUCCAAUCUCAGUCAGAGCCAGCAGUGGAGGAUGGUGAGAGAGGUGCGAUGGGACCCUCAUCAUUGGACGGAUCGCCGUUACUGAGCGAGAGUCGAUUGGUUGAGCAGCCAACUGAGCCAGAGGGUUCAUUGACUGCCCAACUAUAUGACAUGGAGUCUCCUAGGAUGCAGAUGCGACAGAAGGUAUCCCAACCCUCGCCCAUGGACAUGGAGACAGAGCGAGUUGAGGUCGAGGUUUUGGGGCUAUUUAGAGAGGGUCUCACAGAGGACAUGCAGACCCAGCGAGUAAAGACGACACUACUAAACUUUGGGGAUACUCCACGGCGAGAUGGUGAUCAGGCUGAGGCCAGUAUGAGGAGGCGCAUUGAGGCAGGCACGGAGUAUACCCAGGACGCAUCUCCAACUCAUGAGGAGGAGAGCUUGCCGGAGUCUCGGGGGCCGAUAGAUCACGAGCCUGUCAGGAGGGAUGCAUGGCUAGCCGAGGAGAUGGGACGGAUGCCAUCAUUACAUUUUCCAGGCUGGCUGGCUUUUGAGCGACUGGGCCAGGCCGUGAGACCGCACUUGCCGGUCGAUCAGAGCACUGGUGGGCUCAGGGUACUGUAUGAUGACUUAACCUUGCAGAGGACCUAUAUUGGUAGCGGUCUCACAGUAGCUCAAGAGACGACAGAGCAAGUUAGAGAUUAUACGAGGAGAGUUGUCAUCCGAUCUUUUGAGUUGAGUUGUGACAGGCAGACAGAGCACGAUGCACUAAGAGCAGAACGAUUGCAACUUGAAGCAUUGAAAGUUGGCUCAACAGUAUUUUGGAAAGCCUAAGCUGGGGGCUAAAUCGGCAUCGUUGGGGCAACCCCUAACGUGGGUUGUUGUCCUGCCUAACCAGGACAGCGGACCCCUA